GCAAAAGCAGAAGAAGAGAGAAGAACCUGCGUCGGUUUCUCUUGUGUCAUCUCUAUUUAAUCCCCCCCCUAAUCUGUCUCGCUUAGUUGCAUUUGGGGUUGGAUAGCUAGUCUCUCAAGAAAGAAGAAGAAAGAAAAUGGCGGGCGAAGAGGACCAACACGAUCUCGGGCUCUCACUUGGGGGACUUUACCAAGGCAACUCGGGUGGGGCCCGCAUGGCACGCGCUGUGUCGGUGGGAGUCGAUGUGACUGAGGUGGCGGCGGCGCCGCGUCCCAGGGCGGUUUCUCUGCCGUCGGUUAGUGAGCUGGAGAUGAUGAGGGUCUCUGAGGUUCAGUUUCUGAGCAGGGCGAUGGCUGCAAGCCUGAGUUUGACUAUUCAGGAGGAAAAGGCUAAGAAAGCUCCGGCAGAGGCGGUCCGGCUGCCUGAAGUGGCUGCUCUGGGAGUGAAUGUGACUGGAUCUGGACGCUUGGCUGCAACAAGCAGCACAGUCAGUUCUGAGCUUAUGUCUGGAGAAGGGAGCUCCAAUCAGCCUGUGGUCACCACGUCAAUGAUGGCUAACACAAAAAAGGUGAAGGCUGAUGACCCUGAACAGGACAGUGCAGCAAAGAGGGCUAGAGUUUAUCAUCGCAAUGUUGUGAGGCCAAUUAGGCGUGAAGGGAUGGUCAGAAUGCCUUCUGUGACAACCACUGGGGCUGAUGGGAAGAAAGUGGAAGGUUACCUGUACAAGUAUCUUGGAGGAAAAGUGCGGAUUGUGUGUGCUUGCCAUGGGACUUUCCAGUCCCCAGCGGAGUUCGUCAAGCAUGCCGGUGGCAAUGAGGUCGCCAAUCCUUUGAAGCAAAUCACUGUUUCCCUUUAUUAAAUAACUAGGUCUAUGGUGGUGGCAACUAAUGCAGGUCACCCCCUGUGGAAUGUUAAUGAAUAUGGACCUCCUGAGUUUCGUAAUUAACUUUGUUCAUCA